AUGCCCCGUUCGUUUUUAGUGAAGAAAAUCAAGCUUGAUGAUUUCUCUUCGUCCAAUGCUGCCUCUAAUCACCAUCACCACCAGGACGACUCGUUCACUCCUUUCACACGCUCCAUCACUGACUCUGUGACCAACUUGGGGGUUCGUCUCAGUGAGAAUGGUGAGUUUGCAUACCUCUGCACAGCACACACACGUCCUGCCUGCCGUUGUCUAGGGUGUGCUACUGUAAUAUCACUGCUCCCUUUGGAGAACCAGGUUUAGUUGUUGAUUGCAGAAUCAGAAUGCCCCAUGAUAUCAAUAUAGUAAACACAGUUGGAAUUCUCUUUUGUUUGUGUAUUAGUGGUUGUUAAGUGAAAUAGUGCCUCUUCACCCCUUGACAUGCCUGUUGUCUGGGAAUUGAUAACAGAUGUUACAUAAAGCCGGCUGAUUUUGCAUCCGUAUCCCAAAUAAUCCUCUCCAGCAACACCACCCCACCCCCAUCGUGCUCCCAGACUUUUGUUUUUUGACUCUGAUGAUAGGCAGACACAAUUCAGGUCACAGCAGAGGAUCGGCUUAUGCAAAUUGGGGAGCAAAAUGUGCCUCUCAUCUGUAGACGUGUGUAUCUGAAUUUGUAUUACUUGCACAAAUUACUGUGUGCCUGAAACAUACAGGAUGACAAAUUGAAAUAUUAACAUACAGGAUGACAAACUGAAAAAUUUAUGAACCUGAAAGAUGAGUGCCGGAUGAUACAUUUGUCCUUAGCUGUUAUUGUCCUUGAGUUUCCAUCACAGUCCGAACCCCCCUCUGCCCCCUCCCUUCCCACCCAACCAGAGCAUGCAUGCACAGUCUCCCCACCCCCAUCCGUCCGCUACAUCUUUCUCCUCCUUCCGGGCGUUUGAAAACUAGCAGGGGUAGAGUUUCAGCCAUGUACAGUACGGCCAGGGGAGGUGGGUUAGCUGGGGCAGAGGGGGAGCGAGGAGAGAGAAAGGGAGAAGAAGGAGACAGUUGCUUUGGGCAACAUUGACGAGGGGCCACGUGACCAAGGGUAUACAGUAAACAUAGAAGAAAAGUCACAUAGCUGCACAGUGGGCAGCGUUAGGACUGGGCAGCACGCUAAGCCCAAGUCCAUCAGAGCAAGAGCCAGAGAGAGACGUCCUUCACUUUCAGUCAGUCAGGUUUUAGCUCGCUCCCAUUUUGUGGCCAUAUUUAGGAAGCCAGAUGUCUGUCUCUCUUUGUUAUUUUGUCUUGGCAAUAAGCAGAUAGCUUUACAGUUCAGCUCAAUCUGUGAACGAACGAUGCCCACUCGUUAUUCAAUCACAUCACAUAAUACUGUGAUUCAGUGAUUUUAGAUUAGCAACAGCAACCAAUAACAAAAGCACAUGUGUGCACAGUGCUGUUGUUAUUGACAAAUGAUGGCUGUAGUGAAUGGUCAAUUUAACCAAAUAUAUAUUUUGAAAUGAUAGAGUAUGAGGAUAAAUAAACGUGUGUUUUAUUUACACAAAUGCACAAGGUUAUGAUGAAGUUAUGGAACCAGAUUAAUUGCAAAAACAUUACCUCUUUACAUAAAUUAUGCGGUUGAAAUUGCAAUCCUUUAUAAAGAUGUUAGUCUCACUCUCUAUUGUUGUGUCAAUAAUAAACACUAUUCCUCUUCCUUAGAGAAAUAAAUAAUUAUAACUGGGAAAAAAUAACAUUAUGGAUUAUUGCAUUAGUUCCAACAAUUACCAUUGUAUGCAGACAAAGGAAACCUUCUUGUCUGCUCAAUGAAAUCCCAGAGAAAUCAUAACAUUGUUGAAAUGUCUUGCAUCAGCACUUAUGCUGCGCCAACAGAUUUUCCCCCAUUGUGGAGACAUUUGACUUGAAGUGUCUGUCGAACAACAAAGGAGGAAGGUGGGAGAGGGAGUCCAUUAAUUACAUGCUUGCUUUGUAUUAGAGGAAUGAGUCGCUGUACUGCAAAGGUUGAGACAGCAUUAGUUAAGCCACAAAUGAUGAACUCUCUGUCUGACCUUAAGUAAUUGAAACCGGUUACAUAUGUGCAAUUAAUCAGGGGAAUAGAAAACAAGAUGUCCAUAUACUGUAUGUUCCAAUAACAAUCUGUUGCUGUUUACAGUAUGUUUGACUAUUUUCCUGUGCUCUCUUAGGGUACUGUAUAUUGGAUGAGAUAGUGUCUCAUUUUAGAUGUUGGAAGAAAAUAAAACAAUGUGCUAUAGACUUGAAAUAGCCUAUGAAGUCUUUUUUUAUUAAUUUUUAUUUUUUUACUAUAGGCUACAUCUCCCAAAUAUCAUGAGUUGUUAGCUAGUCAACAAGAGGUGGUGCUUUUGACCAAAUACCACCCCUGCCUUCCUGUAAGAUCCCAGUCUCCCAGUGCCACAGUAUCAUGGUAAUGCCUUUGACAAGGAAUGGGCUCUGAGUGGGAACCCUUGGGAAUGGAGACAGCAUUCUAAGAGAGCACUCGAAUGACCUGAUUCUUAAAGGCACUUCAGCGAGCUUACUGUUGCAUACAGGUGACCCUGUUCUGCUGGUAAUCCUGUUUAUCAUGUUUCAGCUUAACCUUUCCAUCACUGAACCAUGUUCAAUAGGCUAUCAUUGUAUGGUCCUCUCCAGUCACUUUAUUCUGUGCCUUGGCCUGCAUUAUUUUUCCCCCCACACAGUGUGUGUUCCAACAGCUGUACUAUUUUACAGACGAUGGCAUAUUGAUCAGCAAGAAACGUAGAAUUUCAUUAAAAAACAGUCAAUAGUUAAUUUACACCGCUUGUGCACACAGUGCUUAGGAAUGGGCUUUUUUCUGCAGUGAUGCACUACUUCUCCCAGGGCAGGAUUUGCCCCACACAUUCGAAUUGGAAUUGUAUGUCUGUCCUAUAUUCUAGGAAGCUAUUAAAGUGGAACAUGUUUAGAUAAAUGCAUACACGUUUGUAGAUGAACUCGGCUAAUGUUAGUUUAUAUUCAGUGUUGUUUAGUUCUUUACAGCUGCCAGGAAACCUUUUAGCUUCACUUGGCUGCCUCACAAUUAAAGGAGGGACAUUAAAAAUUGUCUAGACAAAAAAGAUUGCCUGUCUGUAAUGUAACAUCAGUCAAUAAUAAAUGUUGGAAAUAUGCUGGAAGUGCUACUCUGUUGAGAUCAGAGGCAUCAUGCCCAUAGUGGGCACAUGCCCCAUCAGAUUUGUCAUGUAAAAAAUAUGUAUGGGGGGGGGGUUCUCUGUAAUACUACUAGCAACCUAGCAAUUUUAUGAAGUUGGCUUUAGCUAGCCCAGAUAGGUUCCCAAUCUCCCAACCUCAUAACUAUAGCUAUAGCUACCAAAAAGCCAUUUCAGGCUAUCAAUCCAGUUAGAGUAGCUAGCUUGUCUAACUAUCUUAGCUGGCAUGCCUGCUGCCAAGGUUGGUAGACUUUAGAAAAGCAAGCAAUAACUAAAUGUACUGAAUAAGACUCACAUUCCUUUCAAUCUUUUACCCACAUUUUAGCAGAGAUGCAGAGAAGCAUAUUUAUUUUCAAAAAAAAAAAAAACACCAGUCAGGAAGAUACAGACAGCUCAAGAGGUAUGCUUAAAUAUGUAGAAAAAAAUAUAUAUAUAUAUAUAUAUAUUUUUUUACAUAGAAUUAAGCAUCUAGAUUGCAGGAAAAAGCUGUUUCAGGUGUUUAAAAAAUGCACAAUUCUCCAACUUCCGGAAAGGGGGCCUAGCCUGCCUCCAGACCACCCCCCAGCCAUCCUCACAUACUUUACACCCCAUCAGAUUUCUGUGGUGCAGAUAAAUGAAUUUAUAGUGUGGUAGACAGUCACCCCAGACCCUUGACUGUGUGUGCUGUCUGAUGUGCCCAGCGUGUUCAGGCUUAAAUUGGGCAAACACAUCAAAGAGAUAGACCCUCAGUCACAGAGGAUUGACAUACCUUAUAGUGAGAAAGUCUUAUCAUGGGAAGAAAAGGUGCCUAAUCAAUGAGACCACUUUGUGUAGUAAGAGGGGCCUUUUUUCACAGGAGGUCUCUUUAAUGAGCUAUUAUCUGCAUUUAGCAGCCACCACUCAUCUGCACUGUAACUGUGUAAUAAGGGUGAAUGCGGAGAAUAAUGUUCUGCAGCAGCAUAACAGUCCGAGGCCUGUGGUAAUUGCUGUGUGAAUUGGGGAAAUUGCAAUUUGUUUUGUAUGUUUGUAUGCUAUUGUUUCAUAAUUUACAAGAGGCAAUCAUCAAUGAUAAUCAUAUAAUCAUGUCACAAUGGACUUAUCCACCACAACCCCCGGCCUACUGUAGAUUAUGUGUCAUUGUGUGUGUGUAUUUUGCCUUAUUCUAACUAUUAUUGUGUAUGUUUUCUCCAGGCUACAUCCAGGAUUACAUCACGCCAUCUGUAUACCAGGGGGAGAAGAAGAUGGAGCUCAAGCUGGCCUCGCCCGUCUCUGACCCCCUUUACACCCAGGUGAGCAGCGGGGGCGAGGAGUACUGUGACCCUGACCUGGAGCACCCCGACAGCCCCCAGUCUGGCAUGACGGCCAGCGGCUUCUACAGCAGCGAGGCGGAGGCCCCGACCGAGGGCUACACCAUGGAUGCCUUCUUCAUCUCCGACGGGCGCUCGCGGCGGAAGGGAGAUGGUGACGGCCGUAAGGGAGGUAGUUCCGCCACAUCCAAUGCCGAUGCCACGGAGGAGAGGGAGGCAGGAGCCGCCGGCACAGCCCGCCACUCCUGCAACGAGUGUGGCAAGACGUACGCCACCUCAUCCAACCUCAGCAGGCACAAGCAGACGCACCGUAGCCUGGAUAGCAAGAUGGCGCGCAAGUGUCCCACCUGCGACAAAGUGUAUGUGUCCAUGCCGGCGCUGGCCAUGCACAUCCUCACCCACGACCUCAAGCACAAGUGCGACGUGUGCAGCAAGGCCUUCAGCCGGCCCUGGCUCCUGCAGGGCCACAUGCGCUCGCACACCGGGGAGAAACCGUUCGCCUGCGCCCACUGCGGCAAAGCCUUUGCUGACCGCUCAAACCUCCGCGCCCACAUGCAAACACACUCUGCCUUCAAGCACUACCGAUGCAAGCGCUGUAAUAAGACCUUCGCCCUGAAAUCCUACCUGAACAAGCACUAUGAGUCAGCCUGCUUCAAGGGUUCCGGGGACGAAGAUGACGACGAGUCCUGCUCUGAGAACUAG